GGGCCCGGGCGACACGCCCAGAGCGGCCCGCCCCGGCCAGUAGCUGCCACCGCCACCGCCGGCCCCUUCACCCGCUGCCCGGUUCAGACCUAGCCGGGAGGGGCGAGAGGGAUGCAGCCUGGGGCCCAGGGCCGGUGCCGCACCCCGUAAAGGGCUGAUCUUCCACCUCGCCACUCACCUACGGGAAGCCAAGACCAGACCAGCUUAGCUCUUUUCUGGGUAAAGUGCCCGGCGGAAAGCGGAACGCGGAGAAAAGAAGGCGGGCAGCCUGCCCUUCGUGGCCUCCAGAGGCGUGUUCGUGGCUCGGUCACCCGCGAGGGAGUGGUUUCCAUCGAUUAUCCAUUCUUCUCCAUGCCUGUGAAACGGAGCCCUGCCGAAGCAUGGACAUGGGGAACCAACACCCUUCCAUCCGCAGGCUGCAGGAAAUCCAGAAAGAAGUGAAAAGUCUGGAACAGCAAGUCGUGGGCUUCAGCGGCCUGCCAAACGACAAGAGCUACAAGAACCUGGAGAGGACGCUGAUGAAACAGCUCUUUGAGAUAGACUCUGUGGACACGGAAGGGAGAGGGGACGUCCAGCAAGCCAGGAAGAGGGCGGCUCAGGAGACCGAGCGGCUCCUCAAGGAGCUGGAGCAGAACGCCAGCCACCCGCACCGGAUGGAGAUUCAGAACAUCUUCCAGGAGGCCCAGGCCCUGGUGGCGGAGAAGGUGGUGCCCUUCUACAGCGGCGGCCCCUGCGAGGCCGAGGAGUUCGAGGAGGGCCUCCAGGACAUCAUCCUGCGGCUGACGCACGUGAAGACGGGCGGGAAGAUCUCCCUGCGGAAAGCGCGGUACCACACCCUGGCCAAGAUCUGCGCGGUGCAGGAGAUCAUCGAGGAGUGCACGCGGAGGCAGCCGUCGCUGCCGCUGCCUGAGGACGCGCACCCUUCGGUGGCCAGGAUCAACGCGGUCAUGUGCGAGGUGAACAAGGCCAGGGGCGCCCUGAUCGCCCUGCUCGUGGGCGUGAGCGGCGACGAGACGUGCAGGCACCUGUCCUGCGUGCUCUCGGGGCUGAUGGCGGACCUGGACGCCCUGGACGUGUGCGGGCGCACCGACGUGCGGAACUACCGCAGGGAGGUCGUGGAGGACAUCAACAAAUUGCUCAAGUACCUGGACCUGGAGGAGGAGGCCGACGCCGCCCGCGCCUUCGACCUGGGGCAGAACCACUCCAUCAUGGAGAUCGAGAAGGUCCUCACGAGGAUGCGGGAGAUCAAGGACGAGCUGCUGCAAGCCCCGAGCCCCCCCGAGCUGUACCUGAGCUCCAAGAUGGAGCUGCAGGGCCUCAUCGGCCAGCUGGACCAGGUGAGCCUGGAGCGGAACCCCUGCAUCCGCGAGGCCAGGAGGAGGGCGGUGAUCGCGGUGCAGACCCUCAUCACGCACGUGGACCUGAAGGAGGCCCUGGAGAAGAGGAAGGCGUUCACGGGCAAGGAGCACCCGUCCCACAGGGCCGUCUGGGACAUCCUGGGCCACCUGUCCGAGAUCCUGGGGGAAGUGCUGUCGUUCGACGGGAACCGAACCGACAAGAACUACAUCCGGCUGGAGGAGCUGCUCACCAAGCAGCUGCUGGCCCUGGACGCCGUGGACCCGCAGGGCGAGGAGCGGUGCAAGGCCGCCCGCAAGCAGGCCGUGAAGCUGGCGCAGAGCAUCCUCAGCUACCUGGACCUCAAGUCCGACGAGUGGGAGUACUGAGGCCGCCGGCCGCGGCGGGUCUGCACUUUGCACAGGCGCGCGCGGGGCGCUGCCGGGUCGUCGGGCCUGCGUGUGGCUGACGCGCACACAUUUCAGUCUCAGUAUUUAUGAUUUAAGCAAAUUAUAUUCAGUAUCUGCUGCUUCCGAUGUUGCAAAACAGAUGUCAUUACAGCACACUGAUUUUUUCCAUUUGGA